AUGGCCGCGUCCUGGUGCCUGCGAGGCUCUCGCCAGCUCGCCCUGCGCUCCCAAUUGCGCUCCGUCCCCUCAUCGGUUGCGCGGAGUCGAUUCCUUCCCACAUACCGUGCGGUGCACACAACAUCACAACAGUCGCAUCCCGCCAAGCGGCCAAUUUACACCAGCUCGGUAGCGGACCAUGGCGUUCCUCACCCACGCGAUGUGUUCCAACCGCUAGAUACCUUCCCCCGGCGCCACAUUGGCCCAUCACCGGAGGCCGCCGAAGAAAUGCUGGCAGUUCUCGACCCUCCGGCCAAGUCUCUGGAUGACUUCGUCAAGGAGGUACUUCCCGCCGACAUCCUGUCGAAGAAGAAUUUGGCCGUCACACCUCCGAGCGCCGACAACGGCCUUCCUCGAAGCAGCGUACACGGUGGCCUUGGGGAGACGGAUAUGCUGAAGCUGUUGGACAAAUACCGGGAGCAGAUUGACGUCAGUGGGAAGACAUACAUCGGCGCUGGGUACUACCCCACAAUUGUGCCGCCGGUGAUCCUCCGAAACAUCCUCGAGAACCCUGCGUGGUACACGAGCUACACACCCUACCAGCCGGAGAUCAGUCAAGGUCGCCUCGAGUCGCUCUUGAACUUCCAGACCUUGACCGCCGACCUGACCGGCCUCCCGUUCGCCAAUGCCUCGGUUCUGGACGAAGCCACUGCUGCCGCUGAGGCCAUGACCAUGUCCUUGGCUACGCAGCCGCUCUCAAAGCAGAAGAGGGCCGGCAAGACAUACGUCGUCUCUCAUCUGUGUCAUCCCCAGACUAUUGCCGUGAUGCGAUCUCGUGCGGAAGGAUUUGGGAUCAACCUGGUUAUUGGAGACAUCCUGGCGGACGACUUCAAAAUCGUCAAAGACCAAGGCGAGAACCUGAUCGGCGUUCUGGCCCAGUAUCCUGAUACCGAGGGUGGGAUCUACGACUUCCAGGGUUUGAGUGAUGCCAUUCACACCACUGGUGGUACCUUCAGCGUCGCCACCGACCUGCUCGCUCUGACCGUCCUCAAGGCGCCCGGCGAGUUCGGUGCCGAUAUCGCUUUUGGUAGCGCUCAACGAUUUGGAGUGCCUAUGGGCUACGGUGGUCCUCACGCGGCUUUCUUUGCCUGUGCGGACAAGUACAAGCGCAAGGUCCCCGGUCGCGUUGUCGGUGUUUCCAAGGACCGUCUAGGUAACCGUGCUCUGAGACUGGCGCUUCAGACUCGGGAGCAGCACAUCCGUCGCGAAAAGGCAACCAGCAACAUCUGCACAGCCCAAGCGUUGCUCGCCAACAUGAGCGCCAUGUACGCUGUUUACCACGGACCCUCUGGAUUGAAGACUAUCGCCCAGCGAAUCAUGUCCAUGACUGCCACUUUGCGGGAAAAGCUUGCGGCCUUGGGUUACAAUGUUCCUGCCAAGUCGAAUGUCGCGGAGGGCACUGCGGUCUUUGACACCCUUGCUGUGGAGUUGUCGACUAGCGAAGAAGCCGACGCCAUUGUUGCUGCUGCUCGCGAAAACUCCAUUUUCCUCCGCCGCGUGUCUGCCACCAAGGUCGGUAUCUCUCUCGAUGAGACUGCUGGCCGUGAAGAGGUCAAGGCUAUUCUGCAGGUCUUUGCCAACCAUGUCAAGGGUGAGGUUGCUCUUGACGGAGAACUGGGCCUGGCUUCCGUACCGGCCUGCUUGGAACGCACAUCUGCCUACCUCACCCACCCCGUCUUCAACACCCACCACUCGGAGACGGAGAUGCUGCGAUACAUCCGCCACUUGGAGUCGAAGGACUUGUCUCUUGCCCACUCCAUGAUCCCUCUCGGUUCAUGCACCAUGAAGCUCAACGCUACGACUGAAAUGAUUCCUAUCUCAUGGCCCGAGUUCUCUCAGAUGCACCCUUUCCUCCCGGCGGACGUUGCCAAAGGAUACACUCAGAUGAUUGACGAUCUGGAGCAGCAACUCGCGGACAUCACCGGUAUGGCCGAGGUUACAGUUCAGCCCAACUCUGGCGCCCAGGGUGAGUUCGCAGGUCUUCGUGUUAUCAAGAAGUAUCAGGAAGCAACCGGCAGCUCGAAGCGCAACAUUUGUCUGAUCCCGGUCUCUGCCCACGGUACCAACCCUGCCAGUGCCGCCAUGGCUGGUAUGAAGGUCGUAACUAUCAAGUGCGACACCAAGACCGGUAACCUUGAUCUGGAAGACCUGAAGGCCAAGUGUGAGAAACACCAGGACGAACUGGCUGCUUUCAUGAUCACCUACCCGAGCACCUUUGGUGUAUACGAGCCCGGUGCCAAACAGGCCUGUGAUCUCGUCCACCAGUACGGUGGUCAAGUGUACAUGGACGGUGCCAACAUGAAUGCUCAGAUCGGCUUGUGCUCUCCUGGUGAGAUCGGUGCUGAUGUCUGCCACCUGAACCUGCACAAGACAUUCUGCAUUCCUCACGGCGGUGGUGGUCCCGGUGUCGGUCCUAUUGGCGUUGCAGAGCAUCUGCGUCCCUACCUCCCUUCUCACCCCAACAGCGAAUACCUCCAGUCCAAGCGCACUGAAUACUCUUCGCCCCCGAUCAGUGCUGCGCCUUGGGGUAGCGCCAGCAUCCUUCCUAUUACCUUCAACUACAUCAACAUGAUGGGCUCCAAGGGCUUGACCCACGCCACCAAGAUCACCCUCCUCAACGCCAACUACAUCCUCUCCCGCCUCAAAGAGCACUACCCUAUCCUCUACACCAACGACAAUGGCCGCUGUGCGCACGAGUUCAUUCUCGACGUCCGCAAGUUCAAAGAUACCUGCGGUAUCGAAGCCAUCGACAUCGCCAAGCGUCUGCAGGACUACGGCUUCCACGCGCCAACCAUGUCCUGGCCUGUGGCCAACACCCUAAUGAUCGAGCCCACGGAGUCGGAGAACAAGGCUGAGCUCGACCGGUUCUGCGAUGCUCUUGUCUCCAUCCGCCAGGAGAUUGCCGCCGUCGAGAGCGGCGAGCAGCCCCGUGACGGCAAUGUCCUCCGAAUGGCACCCCACACUCAACGUGAUCUCCUGGCCACCGAGUGGGAUCGCCCGUACACCCGCGAGAAGGCAGCCUAUCCUCUUCCCUACCUCCUUGAGAAGAAGUUCUGGCCUUCCGUGACGCGCGUGGAUGAUGCCCACGGAGACCAGAACUUGUUCUGUACCUGCCCACCAGUUGAGGACAGCGAGUAG